AAAAAAUUGAAAAUUGAAACCUAAGAUAUUUGAGCUACCUCACACUCACGGAUUCUCCAAAGCCAAAUGGUGAGAAAGACUUUGGCACGUAAAACAAACGCGAGUAGUAUGCGCGUAGAAGAAACGAGUCAAGGUCAUUCUCAUUAUGAUAUUGUUUUGUACGAGAAGCGGGAAGGCCUUGUGGGAAAUGAUCAGAGUUAAAGAGUCAUUAAUUCUAUCUGUCUAUGGAAUCUGAAUCGUUCGUUGAAUUUUGGAAGUUGCACCGCUCAAAUCAAUUAGGGUUCCUAUUUGAAGACAAGUUGGUACUUAAAAAUUCCAAGGGGUUUGUCCAAGGCUUUGGUGUAAGGGAAAUCUGCAGAAUCUGAAAUCUUGGGAUUUGAAAGGAGUAGUUCGUAUGGAUUUGAUAAGUCAGCUGCCUGACGCAGUGCUCUUGGUAAUAUUGUCGUUACUUCCUGCCAAAGAAGUUGUUGCCACAAUGGUUUUGUCAAAAAGAUGGCAGUUUCUUUGGAUGUUGGUGCCAAGACUGGUAUAUGAUGAUAACUAUCAGAAUAUUGAGUAUGGAAGAUUUUCGCGCUUUGUAGAUAGGUCUUUGCUUUUGCACGAGGCUCCAACUCUAAAAACUUUGCAUUUCAAACUUGGUCAAAUAUCUGGUGCUGUAGAUAUUGGAGUAUGGACCAAAGCUGUACUUAAACGCUGUGUGCCUGAGCUGAUCAUCGAGAUAGACUUUUCUUCGAGUACAAAUUCAGUGAUCCUUCCAAGGAGUUUGUAUACAUGCUGUACAAUGCUUGUGACCUUGAAGCUAAACAGCGUAAUUCUGGUGGAUUUUCCUUCUCCGGUUUCUUUCCCAUUUCUCAAAGAAAUGAGUCUUGAAUCCAUUAAGUACCCAGGUGAUGAAUUUUUCAAGAGGCUUUUAUCAAGUUGUCAUGUUCUUGAAGAUUUGGUUGUGAUGCAAUGCGUUGAAGACAAUGUGACUGUUUUCACCGUUAGAGUGCCUUCUCUAAAGAAGUUUUGCAUGCAUAAAUCAGUAGACAAACAUAGAGAUGGUGCAGAUGGGUUUGUGAUAGAUGCUCCUUCUUUGGAGUCAUUGGAGAUUCUUGACAAUACGGAUGGGUUUUGUGUCAUUGAGAAUGAAAUGCCUAAUAUUGUAACGGCAGAUGUUGACGUUACUCAUAGUCAUUCUGGGAAUAUUCUAACUUCUAUUAUUUCAGUCAAGAAUCUCUAUCUAUGUUUACCAACCGCAGAGGAUGCAUAUCCUGUUGGUAGUGUCUUCCACCAUCUUGUAGAUUUAACGCUAUGCAGAUGUGAUGUGCAGUGGUUGAACCUACUUAUGCGAUUGCUUGGAGAUUCCCCUAAAUUACGAGCUCUCAGACUUGACCAGUACCAUGGUUUUCAGGCUCAUGAACCGAGCCCGUGCUGGAUUAAACCGAGCUCAAUUCCUGAAUGUUUGUCAUCGAGUUUUGAAACUCUCGAAUGGGAAGCCUAUGAAGGAACAGAAGAAGAGAAAGAGCUGGUGGGAUAUAUCUUAAGAAACGGAAGCUGUUUAAAAAAGGUAACUGUAUCCUCCAAAUCCACUGACAGCGACAAGAAACUUGAGAUGAUCAAGGAGUUGACAUUGUCGAUCAGGCGUUCAUCUACCUGCCAGCUUGUAUUUGACUGAAGCUACAGUAAGACAUAUCAAGUGAA